AUGCCGCUCCAGCUUUCCCUCCGUAUCAAGUGCCUCAUCAUAGGCGUUCUCGCUGCUGCCGCCGUGAUAGCGUGGUUGGUGAUGGCUCUUGCGGACACGAAGCCGGAUCUGCGUCCAGUUGUGUUGCUCACAGGCGACUCGCUCACAGAGCACGGUACCAACGUGGAACUAAGCGGGUGGACUGCCUUGCUACAGCAACAAUACUCGCGCACCGCGGACGUCGUAACGCGAGGGCUACCGGGUUACAACACGAAAUGGUUUCUCAAGAAUAUUGUACCGACGAUCCAGCGCGAGAUCAGGAAGGAAGUGUACGUGACGCCGUCGCUGAUUACGGUCUGGUUCGGUGCCAAUGACGCAGCUUUGGCUAGUGGCUACGACUCGGACACGCAUGUCCCUAUUGCCGACUACAAGGAGAAUUUGAAGGAGAUCGUUCGCCAUUUUUCGACAACCGCGCCCAAAGCGGAUAUUUUACUCAUCACCCCUCCGCAUGUGAAUGAUGCCGCUAGGGCUGAGAUCGCCAAGGGCCAGAACGGAACGAUUGACCGCACCAACGCUAUGGCGAAGAGAUAUGCCCAAGCUUGCGUGGAGGCAGGGGCCAGUAUCGGCGUUCCAGUGGUGGACUUGAACUCGUAUUUUAAUGCUUUGAACGAGACGACCCGAGACGCGCUGCUGAUAUCGGACGGUCUGCACUUUAACUCUUCAGGGAACAAAUUAGUGUACGAGCAAGUGAAAAGUAAAAUUGAUGAAGUGUUUCCAAGUUUAGCAGCAAAACUCAAGCUGUGGCAGUUCCCAGGAGCGAUCAAGUAUGCUGAGGCAGAUCCGUGGACAUCAGGGGAUGGCGAGCGAUGA